GGUGGUGCGCAAUCCUACGUUUCAUCAUCAUCACCCACAAGUCGUGAACGACGCCCUUUACUUGGCCGUCGCCCAUUGAAACCUUUGGAAAUCAAGGAUCCACGCGAGCGUGGUCAAACCACAAGUACCGGUUCUGGCCAAACGACCGAUCCGAAGGGCAAGGCACCACAAGAAUCCUGGACAUCCACACCCGCUACCGAGGUUACGUCGCAGGAAACCUGA